UUGAUUAUGGUGUUAACUCUCCAAAAAGUAUGACCCAACGGGCUUUCGAAGGCAGGGAGAGAAAAGCAUUUCGAAAUCUAACCCCAUUCAAGGCGCACUUUGCAUCAGACGAUCAGCACCCACUUCAGACGAUCGACACUCACUUCAUAUCCUCUACGCAUGUCUCAGCCAAUUAUACUAUACGAUUUUCCGGGAAAAGUGCCCGGAAAAGCGCUAUCUGGCAACAUAUUUAAAGCAAGGCGAGUACCGAACCCGUCACGUCCAUGCGAUGAACACAUUUGACUUGCAUGUUUGCUGUUGUAGGUACAUCCUUGCCUACAAAGGCUUGUUUUCAAAUCUGUCUGGAUUGAAUCACCCGAUAUUGAAGAACAAAUGAAGGCCAUUGGCGCCAAACCUACUGGGCACAAGCCUGACGGAAGUGAUUUCUACACUCUACCUGUGAUUUAGGAUCCUUCUACAGGUGCCGUUGUCUCCGACUCUUUCGCCAUCGCAGAAUAUCUCGAAAAGACAUAUCCAUCCACACCGCUGUCUUCCCCCACAGCACUAAAGUUCUCAUCAGCGUCUUCGAUUCCGCUUUCAUGCACGCACUGGCCCCUGCAUUCCCGGUAACGAACGUCACAGUUGCCCCUAAGUUGUAUCCUAGAAGCGAGGAGUACUUUAUGAAGCAGGCUGAGGCUUGGUUUGGCGUCAGGUGGGAGGAUAUUUCGCCUGUAGGUCCAAAGCGCGAGGAGGGCUGGAAAAAUACCAAGGUGGCCCUUGUGGUCAUCGAUGUAUGCAAAGAGUGGUGGUAAGUGGUUAAUGGGAGAUACGUUCUCCUGUGCAGAUAUCAUUGUAGGUGCAUGGAUGAGGUGCUUCAGCGUUGCCUUUGAUAGGGAUCAGUGGGAGGAGAUGAGGCCUUGGCAUGCUAGGGCAGCAUAGUUCAAGAGAUGGACAGGUAUUCCAUUCUGCACUAACGGAUGAGCGAUGUAAUUCCGUGAACAA